AUUGCAGUUUCAAGUUGCAGCUGACCGUUCGCAAGUACCCUCCCCUCCCAAAUCCCUUAGAGAACCAGAGGAUAGCCCUGUUGUUUUUACUUAUGUCUUCAGCCGCCGCCAUCGCCGCCAUCGUCGGCAUCUUCACCAUCACCGCCAUCGCCGACAUCUCCGCUUCCGCCAUCGCCGCCGCCAUAGCUUACAAAACCACUAUCGCCGCCGCCGCCGCCGCCGCCGCCGCCGCCGCCACGAUCAUCAGAGGAGUGAAUCCUUCCUUCCCUGCUGCGAUCCUGUUAACGGCAACUAACGGAGCGAAUGGUCGUGCAAUUUGGCCGAUCACGACAAAUUUUAAUUGGAAUGACACGUGGCCGGAGGAACGAAGCAGGCAACGAGUUCACUCCUGGUGCUCUCCGUUCGACGUUUCCCGCCAUGCUAAUCAGCCCGAUCAUGCACUUACCCUCUCGAACGAUGGCAGAAUGCCACGUGGCAGUCUGCCGCUCCUCACCCACGGGACAUCACGCAAGCUGUCCUCCAUAGCCGAGCAGCGGAAGCGUCUGCUGUUCUCCCCCCUCCUGCGCGCGGCGGGGGACAACCGUGCCGCGUCGUCUUGUUGGUGGCGAGUCCCGACCAGACUGGUCCGCUGCACCAGGUCUAGUAUCGGGAUGCCGACGAGAGAGGCAGCGGACCGACCCCCCCGGUCGAGGGACGACGGGGGCGCAGGAGGGGAGAGCGACGCCCGUCGGCGCACGCGCGCGCCUCCGCGUUUCACGCGCCCCGGAUCCGCGCAGCGUGACGAGAGUGAUGACACGCGGCGGGGGGAUGAUGACACGCGGCGGGGAGAUGUCGGCGGCGGCCAUGGGUCUUAUGGGAGAGGACGUGGACAGCGCAGAGGCGAUUUCGGAGGAGGGAGCAGAGAUGGCGCGCGCGGGAGAGGUAGGGGGAAUGGAGCGGCGGGAGCGGGGGGGAGAGGGGGAGGCGGAGACGCGCGUCAGCGCACGCGCACGCCUCCACGUGGCACACGCCCCGGACAAAUACAGCGGAACCAAGAGAGUGACGAAAUGGAUGACAGGUGGCGGGGGGAUGACACGUGGGGGGGAGGUGAUAGCGGCGGCUCUGGCGCUUACGGCAGAGGAGAGGGAGAACGGAGGGGGGAGCAGCGCAGAGGUGAUCUAGGAGGAGCGGGCAGAGAUGGCGCGCGCGGGAGAGGUAGUAGGGGGGCCGAAGGCGGAUGGGGAAGGGGAAGGGGAAGGGGAAGGGGAAGAGCAGGAGGAGGACCGCGGGGGAAUUCCCGCCAAAAUCAGCGGCCUGUGCGCAACACCUCCAAAGACACGUCAUCGUACGUUGAUUACAUGAAAUCAUCUAAACGAGCCAAUCCUUUCAACAGGAGGGACGAGUAUUCUAAGGAUAAGAAUAAUAGGGAUGAAGAAAAGGCGGGAACGUGGAGAACGACAAAUGCGCGCGGGAAUGGAAGGACAGGAAUCAGAGGCGGUGGGGGAAAAUGGCGGGAAAAUCGCGAUGAUCUGAAGAGUAACCGUCGUGAUCGGCGAACCAUGGAAAAUGACGAAAACGAGGAACAAGAAGAUGGGGAAAGGUUGGCAUUGGAUAUAGAGGACGGCUAUGGGGAUGAAGAAGAGGAAGGCGGUGGCGGGAAUGGCGCACAGAUCAGGAGUGUGAGGUUCGACAAACGAUCUCCCGCCAAAAUUGAUGAUCGUCAGAGCGCGCCAAACUCGUCGGAAAUCUUGGCCAGAGUGGCAGAUCAAAUGAAAUCCUUUGUCCCGACAUCGCAGCAGCGGUCUUCUUCGUCGUCCACUUCUUUUAGUGAGAGACGUGAGGGUGAGGGUCGGGGUCGGGGUCGGGGUCGGGACGCCUCCUCCUCCUACUCUCCCGUUGGCGGGGCGGAUUUAGGCGAUCGGAGGAAAACGACAAAUGUGGAAGCGCGGGAAGAAAGCCGAGUAGUGGCCUUUCCAUGGGAACAGCAGGAGGAUGAUGUGGAGGACGAUGACGGGAGUCAGGCGGUUCUUGGUGGCGAUGGAGAUGAAGAGGGCAAGAAACCGAGGGAGAGACUGCCAUCGCUGGCGGAGCUAACGCUUGAUCCUCUAGAGCUGCGGCGAUUACGCGCAAUGGGACUGACCUUACCCAGAUCCCGACGGGAAGUACGAAUUGGGGCUGCCGGAAUUAAUGAUGGAGUUGUUUCAGCCAUUCACGAUGCCUGGAUAACGAACCCUUUGGUGAGAGUGAGGGUCAGAGGGCUGAUGCUUGCAAAUAUGCUACGCACGCAUCAAGAACUAGAGAAAGCUACGGGUGGGCUGGUCAUCUGGCGAGCAGGAGGAGCCAUGGUUAUUUAUUGCGGGAAGAAUUACGAGCGGCCUGCCGAUCUUGAGAGGAGGGAUGAGAUCAAUGCGAAAAGUGGGAAUAGUGUGGUCCCUCCCGUGCAAGCUGUAUCGGAGAUUGAAGGAGGUCCGUCGGAUCAAGAUGAGGAACGGACAGCUGGAAGUGCGAGGGGAACUGAAGGUAUCCCGGCAUCCGCUGUGCUCACUUGGGGAGGCAUCGAUGCGGACUUGUUGCCGAACCUGCCACGGGGAUCUGUGGAGCCUCCCUUUCGCAUGCUUCCCUAUGGAGUGCGGGGCGCUCUUUCAGACAGGGAGAUGACCCAGCUUCGGAAGCAGGUGAAGGCCAUGCCCACUCACUUCCUGUUGGGAAAGAAUCGGGACUUAGAAGCUCUCUCGGUUGCGAUUGUGAAGCAUUGGGAUAAUAACGAAAUCGUCAAAAUCAAGCUCAAACGCGGUGUACCCAAUUUGAACAAUGAGAAAAUUGCGGAGACUUUGAAGGAAUUGACAGGUGGAGUGUUGCUCCUCAGGGACAAAUUUUUUGUUAUCCUUUACCGCGGCAAAGAUUUUCUGCCGGCGACUAUUGCGCAUGUUCUUAAGCAGAAACAUCUGCAGAAGUUGGCGAUCACAGACACGAAGGGUGCGCAGGCCAUGCGUGAGAAGGAUGAGAAUGAGGAUGAGGAUUGGGAGAUAGUCGAUGACGAGUUCUUGGAUUUACAGGAAGAGGAGGAAGGACUCGUAUGGAGUGCCAAGAUGGCUGAUGACGAUGAUGAGGAAGAGGACGAAGAGGAGGAAGAAGAUGAAGAUGAAGAAGAAGACGAAGAAGAUGACGAAGAAGAAGAGGAGGAAGACAGAGAGCAGGAGAUGGCGGAUCCUGCUGUUGCAUUGGCGACAGAGAUCGAGGGAGAAGAAGCGGGAGAAGAGGCGGAGGAGGGGCAACAGCUGGUGCGGGAGGGUCUAGCGUCAUCUGCCGUCGUCACUGUUCCUGACGCUGAGGUCAUCGAGACGGAAGAAGAACGCAGCGCGGAAAACACGGAUACUGCGGAGACGGAAAUGGGAGACACUCCCUUGUCAAAGGCAUUAAGGGAAGCUUCAUUGAAAGCAAAGCGCCGGAAAGCUAUGUCCUUGUACGCUGACCCUGGCAUAAGGAAGUGGGUGGAGAGAGAGGAAACACAACUGUUGGAGAAAGGAGGGAAGGUGGCCCUGAGCGAUGCGCUGACGAAGUUGAUGGUCGUUCAGCGGCCUUCAGGACUCGUACGAUGGCAGAAGGCCAUGCAGGCGAUGCAGCCAAAGGCUGUCGAUACCGAGACAGAGAUUCGCCGUGUCGAGCUGAGGCUGGCGAGGGCUAUCGCAAAGAGAAAAAGAGCCGAUCUUGCGAUCAACAAGGUUUCGCGCUUUGAGGAACGACUUGGGUACACGCUGGAUGUUGAGACGAUAACUGAGGAGGAGCGGUUCCGAUUCAUGAAGCUUGGGCUGAAAAUGAAGGCUUAUCUGCAGCUCGGUAGGCGGGGGCUAUUCGAUGGUACGGUGCAAAACAUGCAUCUUCACUGGAAAAGGAGGGAGCUUGUGAAGAUCGUCUUCAAGGAAAGAGAUCCGAGGAGACUUCGCGAGGUCGGAGAGCAGCUGGCCUCGGAGAGUGGUGGUAUCCUCGUGUAUGCCGACAAAAUGACCAUCGUCGUCUACCGGGGAAAGAACUACGAGCGUCCCAAGGAACUCAGGCCAAAACAUCUUCUCACUAAGCGGCAAGCGCUUCAUAAGUCUGUCGAGGAGCAGCGCAAGCAGUCCGUGGAAAUGAAUAUACUGAUGCUAGAGAGAAGAUUGUCUCAAUUGAGAGCAAAAAGAGCAAAGGAGCUUGGAGCCAAGAAAGCAGCCGCGGGCAAAGAAGAGAGAGAGAGAGGUGCUGCCGAUGCUGCUGCAGAUGGGGAUCGAGAUGGGGAGAGUUCUUGGGGUCCAGAGGGAGAAGAAGGCGAGUUGCUGAGACUUGGGGAACGAGCGAUUGACAGUCAAGAUGAAGAUGAUGACGACGAUGAUGAUGAUGACGAGGAUGGAGAACCGGAGAGUCGCCUGAUCUAUCCUCGUAGAAUACUUGCAUCAGAGAAGACCCGUACGCGAGUGCGGCGGAUGUUGAAGACGUCAGAGCCUGAACAACCCGCGGUCUAUCGCGCAAGAGAGCUGACUAAGAAGGAGAAGCUGAUGCUACGCCAAAUUGCACUUCGGCAGAAGAAGCAUUCUUUCCUUGAUGCCACGGGAGCGGUGCUCGUCUGCAGAGAGCCCAACAAAAUCAUAAUGUAUCGUGGGUGGCCGGAAGGGGAGGAGCGUCCGGAAGGUGACGGAGCCUCGCUUGAUUGGUUUGACAGGGAGGUGUUCGGUCGUGGGUGGAACAAGGGUCAGGGGAAGGGGAUAGGUAUGGAUGCUGCUGACGACGUUGGAGAUGUAGACGGUGCAGAUAAUGCCCAAUCUACGUCUGUCGCAAUGUCGACGUCGGGAGGAGAAGGUAGUGGCGUGAUAACGGAGGACGAACAGGCGUGGAACGAUCACUCUGUGACCCUGAAUGCUGGGGAGGGUGAUUGGGAGAAUGGAGGUGGAAAAGCCUUGCAGAAUGGAUUGGUUAAGGCGGAGAAUGGCUAUGGCGAUAUCGAUGAGGAUGAUGAUAUAGAUGAACUCGAAGAUGAUAGUGACGAAGAAUUGGACGAUGAGGACGAGGAUGAGGCGGAGGAGGAGGAAGAUGAAGAUUGGGAGGAUGACGAUGAGGCGGAGGAGGAGGAGGAAGAAGAUUGGGAGGAUGAGGAUGAUGAUGAUGAUGAUGAGGAGGAGGAGCAGGAGGAGGAAGAAGAAGAUUGGGAGGAUGGCAAAGAUGUUAUGGAAGAUGGAGACGAAGACGAUUUGGGAGAGUGGGACGAGGAAUAUGAGCUGGAAGAUGGCGAAGAGGACGUUGAUGUAGGCUGUGGUGACAAAGGAGCCAUUCAGAACAGUGUCGAUGGGGUUGGGAGAGAGAGAGAGGACGUGGAGGGGGGGGAGGAAGAGGAGAAUGAAGGGGGUGAGGUUGGGGAUGAAGUGAAGUUAAAGUAUGUACAGGAGGAGGAUUGGGAAGAAGAGGAGGACAGGAAGGAAGGGGGAGCAGAAGAGGUGGUUUUAGAAUCAACCUUCCCCCAUGCCUAGUUUGUUGGCGGCAUGAAGUUUUGUCGAUGAGGAGGUGAAGCAUUCGAAUAUGAGAAAAUAAACAGGCAGACAAGUG